CUCAACACCACGUGGUAUAGUCGAGUGCUUUGUGAAAGGGGUCCCACUGUCGCAAGCCUCUCUUUAUCAAUGACAACAAGAGAGAUACGCAUAUUUGAUAGUCGACACUGCUUAGGGUAACAUAACCUGUGGUCCGGGUUUCGUAUAUCACUCACAAGCUUCAUCGUGGGUCACCAAACAAUCGGAACGUGUGCAGCGGGCGUUGAAAAUAAUUCUCCGAGAUCCUCUGAAUGCAUAUAACAUACAUAGCGCCACAACGCGGAAGUUAAACUGUUCGUGAGAAACGCAUGUGGUUGCUUGGACAUAGCCGACUUAAUUUGUGAAUUAUAUCAUGAAGGCAGUUGUGUGGAUGGUGUUCGGCGUCAUGCUACAUAUGUCUUCUCAUGUAGUACUAGGUACAGCCACAAUAGGGCCUGCCACCGGCUCAGUGAUGGAAGGGGAUAGCUACACGUUCACCUGCAGUACCACGCAGCAGGGAGAGUAUUUGGUCUAUUUUAAAGAGGGCACUAUCACCUAUUGCCAAUUUGGUGGCAUGACAACGAAUGAGGGACUGGAGUGUGGGGUUGAGAGAGGGGAGCCCUCCAAGUAUUAUUUCAAAAUACCCCACACCUAUCGGAACCACUCAAGUACAGACUGGUUAUGUCAGGCUGGUCCAGAUCAGAGCAACAUGGCAAAACUAGAUGUCUGGUACCCGCCGGCGAUAAAAAGUUUUACGACCAACCAUGAAUCCAACAAAAUCGAGGUCAACAUAAACGACACUGUCACCCUGGUUUGUCAAUACGAAGGUAACCCAGCCGCCGACGUCAUCAUCAAAAAGCAAGGUCGGAGUCUGCAGACUGUAGACGACGAUGUCGCUGUGAGGUCCACUCUGACAACAGUGAGUUGUCAAGAUAUGGCGACCUAUGUAUGCCAAGCCUCGAAUAGGUUUGGCUCUGCCUCAUCAAAUAUUCAACUAAUAGUCAGAUGUCCUCCAACACAAGGUGCAUCCCAAGGUACAACCACGACCUCCCUUGAAGGGGACGUAACUCUGACCCUGUCAGUAAUGGCAUACCCUCGGCCUACCUUCACAUGGUUUGGCCCGCUUGGGAACAUGUUAGACGCAAACAAUGGUUCUCUCGACGCUAAUCUGAACGUCAUCAGCAGGAUUACCAUUAAAGGUGUCACUGAGGAUGACCUUGGAGUAUACACAGUUAUUGUCAAAAACAAUCUUGGAUCAGGAAAUUUUACCAUCGCACUAGCCACAGAAGAUCCCGUCAGUGGGGGUUUGGUGGCCGGGCUUGUUAUCGGCGGGCUUACAAUUCUGGUGAUUGUUGCUGUUUCGGUCGUCUUGAUAAACCGAAAGAUGAGGAAGGAAGACGACAACGAUUUAGACAUGGAUAUUAUGAACAGCACUGCCGAAGAUGACACGAACGGAAAUCUGUAUGCCCAAGUAAAAAAGCCACGUAAAGAAAGUAACGGAGAUUCCAAUCUGAAGGAAGACUCGACUAACAAACAAGGUCUGAAGACAGGUGUGGAUGAAGAUGGCCUGCUCUACGUUAGUGUGGAUGUUGAAGACCCGCCUGACAGCGCCGUCGACAUACUCAGGACUAAAGACGACGACGAUCCUACACAGUAUGCCGACCUUGCCUUCAACCAACCUGGCGCCCAGGACAUACACUAGCGACGUCAGGACGGAACCCUGAUGAGUAGAAACAAUGAGUGGUCGCAUCGAAUUUUCUAUGCUUGGCGUUCCCUAGUCGUGCCUGGAUGAGCUGAACAUGGGUUCGAAUCUCAAAUUCGCUUCGAUUAUGACCCUCGGUUUGUCACCACGAAACCCAUGCAUGUAGGUUUGACCAAGGUGGUACACGUGUAACACCAGCGUGCCUUCCUCACAUCAAACUGACACGCCGUGAUAUAACUGAAAUAUUGUUCAAAGCGGCGUUUAGUCCCACAGACAUCGAAGUGCUACAAUGGUACAGUUGUACAUUACUCCUUCAAACAUUUUUCAGCUAUAACAUUGCCAAAGUAUACACCGUGAAGAUCCGGGGUAGAAUAGGUAUUCAGCAACCCAUGCUUGUCGUAAAAGGCGACUAUGCUUGCCGUAAAAGGCGACUAACGGGAUCGGGUGGUCAGGCUCGCCAACUUGGUUGAUGCAUAUCAUCGUAUACCAAUAGCAUUCAUCGGUGCUCUUGACAUCAAUCACUGGAUUGUCUUGUCCAGAUUUGAUUAUUUACAGACCGCCAUCAUACAGCUGGAAUAUUGAAUAUCAUUAAACAAAACGAAAAAAAAAGAAUAAAAACAAGACCACACUCACACGUGGUGAGAAGGUUCGCUAACUUCCCUUGUAGGCCAUACCUGCUGGGUAUAGAAAACAAGGUGAACAGUAAGAAAAACGUAGGAACACAUGUACAUGUCUAAUUUGGCUAAACUCAUUUGCACCAUACAAUCUAGAUACAUUCAGCCCAUCAAAAAGAAUUAGCUCACCCGCAUGUCUCCAAAACAAUACACGAUAGGUACUGUGAAUCUGUACAAAAAGUGCAAGAAAAGCAAAUUUCAAUAAUUUCUUUUACACAAUCAUCUUGAGAUAUACAGUAAUGUUUAUAGCUCUUCCAAGAUCAAGGGAAAUAUUCAUGUGUGCUUCCACCUGAUUGGAAAAACAAUUAGCAAUGUUACAUAGUCUGUGGAUACGAAUACAUUAUAUAAUGUGCUUACGCUAGUUUAGCCAGACCUCUACUGCUCCACAAAAACGGUUAUCCGUGUUAGCAAAUGUGUGUAUGACAGUAUUAUACUUGCGUGUUCAUCUUGGGUCGUGCCAGUACCUGCAAGAGAACGAAGGAAGCUGGACUAGAAGUCACAAAACCAUAUCAUAUUUUGAAAGUUUCAAAAACUAUAAAAUUUCAAACCCGCCAAAAAUUAUCCUUUUCUCCUUGCGGUGAACUCGUGUGGUAUUAUCAUAAGAGGGAUAGUAUAAUUGAU